AUGACCUCAGCACAGAGAUCUGAAAACAUAAUUAAUAGAAAAGCUGACAAGGAUACAAAGCCGAUUCCAUUUGUAAAUGGACAGGAACCUCCUGCUGAGCUACCUGAGUUAAAAACCAUCUCCGACGUUGACAAUUUGAAUCCACAGCAACUGAAAACGUAUGCGGAGGGAUAUGGCUGUAGGUCUGACGGGAAUGAGCCUCAAACGUCUCUUAAAAGAAAGGUCUCAGAUGUGGCUGGUUUUGUUGAAUUUCCUCAUGAAUAUAAAUACGGGUUUUCGGAUGGAAGUGAAACCCUUCAGGAUGUAGAAAAUCAAACUAGUACACCAAACCGAAGGACAGGAAGACGCAGGUCUCGUCAAUAA